CGCCCACAGUGCAAUGUUGCGGAAAUUCCGUUUCUUCUCUCCGCGGUCGCUAGUACUUGCACUGCGAGUAUCGACGUCUCUCCUCGUCUGCCGUCCAGUCAGCGCCUCCACAGCAGUCUUCAUGGGUAACUCUGGUCCGGGGAAAGAAAAGGUGCCGCUCUACACGGCGGCCCCCGAGCCCAAGGUGAAAUUCACCGAAGACGAGCUGCGACAGAAACUAACGCCCGAAGAGUACCGCGUCACGCAGCAGAAAGGCACGGAGCGAGCCGGCACCGGUCCCAACCUGAACGUCAAGGAAGACGGCGUCUUCUCGUGUGUGGUGUGUGGAAACAGACUGUUUGAGACGGAGGACAAGUUUGAUUCGAGCACCGGGUGGCCUUCUUUCUCCGAUGUAGUCAGCAAGUCGAACAGCGUAGUUAGAGUUGUGGACGAGAGCCAUGGAAUGAGAAGAGUGGAGGUAAUAUGUGGUCAGUGUGGAGCUCAUCUCGGACAUGUCUUUGAGGAUGGACCGCGAGAGAAGACUGGUCAGAGGUACUGUAUCAACGGCAGUUGUAUGCGGUUCUCGGGGAAAGCUGGAGAGGAGAACCCAGAACCCCCACCACCAGAGGAGGCCAGAGGGGAUGCUGAAACACCUGCUGCCAAGACUGACAAUUGAAAUAUACCGCCCUCUGCACACGUGUGUCAUUUCGUUUUAAACAAUGGUGGAAUAAAUAAAUAUCUGAACAUUGUGACCAUAAAUAUUGUGCUUUACAACUGUGUGCUUCUAUUCUUUGUAAUGGAGUUUGGCAAACGCUGCGAUGCGGUUGCAAGCCUCUUGGAUUUUACUCUCUGCACACCCCAGCACUAUCCUGAAACAGUCCUUCGUAUUGAACGCCUGUAUAUUGUAUACAUGAGAAGGGGAAUAGUAUAAGGAUCACU